CCUUUCUGGGGAGUUUAUUGAGGAAUCAAUCGAGGCAGGGAUCGUUAAUUAAUUAAUUAAUUAAGCCCAGCAGGGGCACAGGCCUCCCUCCCAACUUCCUCAUUUAUCCCAGGAUUUCCGGGCAGGGGAUUAACACCGCCCACGCCAGCGGCAGCCGGGAUUACCGGCAGGAGGAGGAGGAGGAGGGAGGAAGGUUUGACCUUGGGGGGAAAAAAGGCAAAUUCUCAACAAACAGGAAAAAAAACUCUGGUGGGAUGUGGAAGUAAGGAGGAAAAAAAAAAAGAGGAAUUCACGUGAAAUGAGGAAUCCACCUCAAAAUGAGGAACUCACCUGGAAGUGAAGAAUUCACCUGGAGGCUGGGCGAGCAGUACUACCGGGACGCCAUGGAGCAGUGCCACAGCUACAACGCGCGGCUCUGCGCCGAGCGCAGCGUGCGCCUGCCCUUCCUGGACUCGCAGACCGGCGUGGCCCAGAGCAACUGCUACAUCUGGAUGGAGAAACGGCACCGCGGGCCCGGUUUGGCAGCAGGGCAGCUCUACUCGUACCCGGCGCGGCGCUGGCGCAAGAAACGGCGCGCGCACCCCCCGGAGGACCCGCGGCUCUCCUUCCCUUCCAUCAAACCUGACACGGAGCAGGCCCUGAAGAAGGAGGGGUUGCUGGCGCAGGACGGGAGCAGCCUGGAGGCGCUGCUCAGGACGGAUCCCCUGGACAAGCGCUCCCUGCCCGACCCGCGCAUGGACGACGACAGCCUGGGCGAGUUCCCGGUCACCAACAGCCGCGCGCGCAAGCGGAUCCUGGAGCCCGACGAUUUCCUGGACGAUUUGGACGACGAGGAUUACGAGGAGGACACGCCCAAGAGGAGAGGGAAGGGCAAGGCCAAGGGAAAAGGCGUCGGGGGCGCUCGGAAGAAGCUGGACGCUGCCAUCCUGGAGGACAGGGACAAACCCUACGCCUGUGACAACAGUUACAAACAAAAGCAUUCCUUGAAACCUCCCGACCGAGUCUGCGGGAAGCGCUACAAGAACCGGCCCGGGCUCAGCUACCACUACGCGCACUCGCACCUGGCCGAGGAGGAGGGCGACGACAAGGACGACUCGCAGCCGCCCACGCCCGUGGCCCCGCGCCCCGAGGAGCAGAAAUCCAAGAAGGGCCCGGACGGGCUGGCCCUCCCCAACAAUUACUGCGAUUUCUGCCUGGGCGACUCCAAGAUCAACAAGAAGACGGGGCAGCCCGAGGAGCUCGUGUCCUGCUCCGACUGCGGCCGCUCCGGGCACCCCUCGUGCCUGCAGUUCACCCCGGUGAUGAUGGCUGCAGUGAAGACGUACCGCUGGCAGUGCAUCGAGUGCAAGUGCUGCAACAUCUGCGGCACCUCCGAGAACGACGACCAGCUGCUGUUCUGUGACGACUGCGACCGUGGGUACCACAUGUACUGCCUGACCCCGCCCAUGGCCGAGCCCCCCGAGGGGAGCUGGAGCUGCCACCUCUGCCUGGACCUGCUCAAGGAGAAGGCGUCGAUUUACCAGAACCAGAACAGCUCCUGAUCCUGCUCUUCCUCCCCAUCCUCACCCCCACCCCCACCCCCGUCCCUCCUCAUCC